GCGACAAGAAUGUUUUUUUAUAAAUGCCAGUAUUUCUAGACCAUAAUUAUUUACCAAGCUAUUUAGUGAAUUCAUUGAAAUAUAACAAUUAUGAUCAACUAUCCCAACACUUAACUUAUAUAAAUAUGAACAAAAUACAAAGAAAAAUGUUUAAAAAAAUGUUCUGAUAAAUCAAUUAAUUUGUUUUUAGUUUACAUGAGUAUUUUGCCAAAGCGUUUGGCGACACUAAUUUAUCUGUAACUGUCCCCUCUUUACAACACUGAAUUGACUCAUAUUUCGUAAUUGAGCAGCAGAAACAAACGUAUUUUGCGUACCCAGCACAGAAAUUUAAUAAAUUAAUUGUACAAUGUAUUAAAUUCAAAAUGAUGGUAAAGAAUUUUUGUAAAUUGACACAAAUCUUGUGUCGCCUGCGUUUUGUGCGUCCCAAUGAAUUUUCAAUUGUCAAUCUGCAUAAGAAACAAACGCCGAGUUACGCAAAACAAACAAGAUCAUUAUGCACUUUUUAUAACUGGCAGCAGGAGCAACGCUCCUCGGCACAUCCCAACACUGGCUUAAUAUUUACGGCUGCGUUUAGCUUCAACUUAUUUAGCAGCGGCGAUGGCAAAGACGCAGAAGAAACGCCCGAAACGAAACUGGUGAAUACCAUAAAGCGUUCGAUAAUUUGUAUACAAAACGAACAAUAUGAUAAAGCCGAGCAGAUGCUGCAUCUCUCACUGCGUAUGGCCCAAGACCUGCAGUCAUCCCAUGGAAUUACCUACGUCUACGAUAUAAUGGCCAAUCUUGCCAUGGAACGCGAACAGUUUAAAAAAGCCGAGAAGUUAUUCGUGGAUGUGAUGAAGCGCCUGAUGUCCGAUGGGCACACAGAGGACAGUCCCAAGAUUCUGCACAUCAGCUCGAAAAUAGCUCAUAUGUCGCAGCUACAGGGUGAACUGGAGAAGAGCUUUCAGGGCUUCACAUGGACUCUGCAACGCCUUGCCAAACUGGUAAAGGAAAUGCCGAAAGACAAUGAUAUACUAGAGCUAUAUGGCCUGACAAAAAACUGGUUUGGACAGUUGCUGAUGAAGCAGGGUAAAUACACGGAGGCAAAGAAUCUAUUUAAGGAGGCCCUUGAGAUCCUCGUCGAAGUCUAUGGUACCCUCAAUGAUGCUUCGGUGACCAUUUUGAAUAAUAUCAGCGUAGCUUACGUUAAUCUGGAAAACUACACCGAGGCGAAGGAAACGCUUUUGCAUGCCCUGUCCAUAGCCAAGGAGCUGAAGGAUGCUACCCAAGAGGGUGUCAUACAAGCCAAUUUGGGUCUGGUCUACCUACGCGAAGGUCUACUAAAAGAGGCGGAAAAGUUUUGUAAGCUCGCCUGGAAACUGGGUAAAAGUCACAAGAACGCUGACGCAAUAGAGCAGGCUGAGUAUUGUCUCAACGAAAUCAAGUCCAGCAUAAAUCGCUAGGAGUGGAACGGCGCAGUUAUUGAAACAUCCACACCACAUCCAUUGUUAAUCAUGUACAGAUAUUUUUACAAAGGUUUUGUAUUGUUCAGAUAACCCUGAAAAAGCGCAAGUUAUAAGCUCUGUAUUAAUAUAUAUUGCAGUAGUGCCUCCCAAA